ACCCCCCUCUUUCCAUAACCCACUGCAGAAAAAGCAUGGAAACACCGUCAUCCUCAGGAAAGAUGAGUCCAGAAAGCAUUCAUUCAAAAGCGUCCUUAUCAGAAUCAUCUGAAGACAGUCAUGACCAGCAUGUGAGAAAACCACCCCCAAGUCCAGGGAAGAAGGAGGAAUUAUCUUUGUACAAGAAAACUAGAAGAGCAAUAACAAGCAAGAGGUACAAGUCAAAACAUGAAGCUGAAGCAACAACUCCAAUUGAACUCAUCAGCCGAGGCCCAGAUGGACGAUUUGUCAUUGAUCCCACUGAUGCAAAAAUGUUUGUCAAACCUCGACGAAUUGAGGGCUUUCCCUUUGUGGAAGAAUCCGACCUCUAUCCAGAAUUCCGUCAGUCAGAUGACGAAAACGACGAUCCCAGGCCUCUUCCGCCAGUUAUGGCUCCACUCCGACUUUACCAGAUAUCCCCAAUCUCUAGUCAGGAAUCCUACCUUCAGCCUCCAGCCUACAGCCCUCGUUUCCACAGGCCGUUUGAAGGUAUGACCAUCAUGGAGAGCAGUCAGCUCCACGCCACAGGGCAGAUCCGAGGCGCUCUACAACACAGAGCUUUCUAUGGCUAUCUAGGGCCCACUGGAGAACAUGAUCCCCCGCCUCCCUUUUACAUGCCGGAUAACAGCCCACUGAGGUCUGUCAUGUCUUCUCCACCAUACCUUGCUGAGGGUCCUUUUGCACACCCCAUUAUUCCUGAGGAAAUGGGAGAGGGGGACUUUUCACAAUAUGCUGUUUCCAGUUUCCCACUUCCACUGACACUCACCUCCUCUUCUCACUCACCAGAAAUUUGGCAGGGACUAGAUUUCACCUUUUCAAGUCUUGAAGGUCCUCAGUUCAUUUUUCCACCUCAUCCCCCUAUACACCUUUGUCAUGACCGUCCCUAUCCCUCCCCACCUCAUAUUCGUCCUCUUAGUGCUUUCCCAUCCUCUUCCCUUCCAAUGCCCACCUACCCAGCUGUCCUGCCACUAGAGGCCCCAAAGAGCCACCCAAGCAAGUCACCCAGCAAGGCCAAGCCUCGUGGCUCCCCAGCCAAGCAUUUAGCUAUGCAAGAGGCACAUUUAGGGCAGCUAAGACAUGCAGGUCAUGGUAUGGGUGUGCCUGUUUUGCCUUACACAGAUCCGAUGGCUCAUAUUGUUCCUAACACAUUCAGUAGCCUGGAUACACGGUGGUUUGAAACUACCCCUCAUUUCAGUCCCAGGCAGACUCGUAGAAUGGAUUCUGGCAUGCAUCAGGUGGUUCUCCAGCCUUCUCGACUUUCACCCCUCACUCAAAGCCCUCUUACCUCUCAAGAGGGUUCCCCAGAGAUUGCAGUACGCCCUAGGCCCCGUGCCAGCAUUGUGCAAUCUUCAAUACCCCCAGAUAUAUCUGAGAUUACCCUCCUCCCUCCUUCCACAGCCAGCUUCUCAAGGAGAUCAUCCCCAUCCUCUUCACCUGCUCUAGGUCAAGGUAGCAGGAGAACUAGCCCCAGCUAUCGUUCCCACAUGACUUUUGCCACCUCUGCAACCAGCUAUCCAGCUUCCCAGUCCCCAUCACCCCUGAUGGAAAGCAGCAACAUAUUUGGGCAGAUGCAGACUCAGAGGAGGACUGAGGAGGAGAUUCUUCCAUCUGAGCCCUCUCCACCCCAGUUAUCAGCUUCAGGAAAACGUCGAGGUGCGACAAGUGCUCAUUUGGGGUCUGAGAGGAUUGAUGCACUGAGAUACCAGCGAAUUAAAAAGGCCAAGAAGAUGACAAUGAACAACAAUAACUUCAAGUCCACAAAGAAAGCAGGUGUCUCCACCUCUCAGACCCAGCAGGCCUACACCUCUCAGGUACUCCAGCCCGAAGAAGCACUCUACCUCCACAAGAAGAAGAAGCGGCCCAUUCUUCACGAUCCAUAUGCUCGCUUUUCUGCUCUGCUGUACCGCCGUCCACCCCAGGAGGACCAGAGGGCCAUUUUAGCUAGCAUGGACAACAUGGACCUAGACCAUGCCACCUUCCUUUGAAGCCCCUGGAGAUGAGAUUUUAGUUCCAACUCGCCUCCAGGAGUCGCAGCUCAGCGAGAUACUACCUUUAUUUUUAUUAAAAGUAGAAGAAAAGUCCAACAGGGGGAUGAUGUUGAAGAUGCCUGGAUGGUUUCUGACUACAGUUAGCAGUGCCUGAGGACUGAAGCAUGUUUUGUUUUUAUUGAUUUCAGUAGUAUUCCUGUCAACAAAAUACAAAUAACUUGUUUUCAAAGUUUUACUCCAGUGCAAAAACCAACAGGAGAAUCAUUCAGCUGUGCAUUCCCCCAAAAAACUUUUUAUUAAUCUGUUUUUUUUUUUUUUUCAGCGUCCUCCUACUGACAGCUCUUCUGUCUUUUCUGUCAGUAGGGCAGUUGUUUUUACUUCCUAACGCAGAUACCUCAGAGCACAGGGCACAAGGCCACACAACCACCUCACACAGCUGACACAUUCACCAAAUGACCAAAACAUCCCGACGGUUUAUGGUCAUUCUUUGUUCACUUAAUUUAAAGUAGGACGUUCUGUUGAUCUUUAUUUCUUUUUUCCUGCUCUGGACAGAGAAAAAAUAAAAUUUUGCUUUUGUUUUGUUUUUCGUUUGUUUUUGUUUCUUACUAACAUCUGGAUUCAUAAAAAGUGUCAUCUGAUGUCAUAGAUCCUACAGUUAUUUUUGUCCACAUCAGAUGAUUUGGUUUAAUUUAAAACUUAAUGUUUUGCACUGGAGCAAAAGUCUGACCAUUUUUUUCUAUUUUUUUUUCUGAUGAGGUAGUGUGAAGGGCUCCAAAUCCUAUUCAGAAACUCUUGCCAAAACCAUCUGAAUAAACUGAAGUUAGUGUGGAGAGUAGGAUUUUGUGCCAUAAUGAGGUUAAUUUUGUCAGACAUGUCUUUGAAAACAAAAUGGUUUUAUUCAGCCUGAAUCAGAGUUUCUGCCUGUUUCACUUAUGUCAUUUCUUUAAACUUGUAUUUGAAUUUUUCGGUUUUGUUUUUGUGAAUGAAUGCCUGCCUUUUUCAGAUGUUUUUUAUUAAUGCUAUUCUUUUCUCAGACAGGUCAGUUUACAUUAUUAAAGGCAAGAAAAAGUC